AGUAUUAAUCAAAAUUAAUCGAUGGCCGAUAUCGACGAGAAACCCAGCAAAAUACGUUCUUCAUCUACAUCUUCAAUUCGUUACAAUAUUGCCAAAGAAAUCUAUCCGAAGCAAUUGUUGACAAUAAAGGCGGGGCCUAUUAAGGAUGAGCUCGGAUUUACCCUCUGCGAAAGGGUAGCUCUAAGGCAGGCAUGGAACUUAAUCAGAUCUCGAGAGCGACGAUUUGGCCAGGAUGUAUUCUAUACCUUUCUGAACGAGUGGUAUUGGUCCAUCUCUAAAUUCAAACAGGGUGAAGAUAUCAACAUUGCCCUCUUGCACGGUCAUGCCCUGACAUUUAUCCGCUUUGUGGGCGCUCUAAUCAAUGAGUCGGAUCCGAUCAUGUUCCAGGUGAUGAUAAAUGACAAUAACCAAACGCACAGCCGCUGCAGAGUGGGUGGGGAUUACAUUGCGAUGCUGGGCCAAGCCUUAAUGGACUACAUUCUCAAGGUACUCGACAAGGUCAGAUCACCAUCGUUGGAGCAAGGGUUGCAGCGAAUAGUUGAGAAAUUCAAGUCCUAUCAGGAUAUCCAAAUGGACAGAUCCAGAACGAGCUACAGACGUGGUGUAAGCAAGAGUAAUUUUAGCUUGCACCAGAUCAAAACCGAAAAAUGAGCAGUCUGACCCUUAUUGAUUUC